AUGUCAGGUUGUCAAGGAAUGGAAAAUUUCGACGUUGCUGUUGUUGCUGGGCUCCAGGGUGGCCGGCUUUUUGUUUCUUUCUUCCCUGGUGGUUUUACUGGGGCUGGCUGCCCAGGCACUUGGCUGAGUGCUCGAUCUAUGUCUGCUGGAAGAUGA